AUGUCUCACUCUCUUCUCUUCUUUCCCGUCAGCGAGGACUUGUCCCGGAUCUUCGUUGCCGUUGGUUACGGCUUCUUCGUGGAGAUGAAGCACGACGAGGCGCUGCGGUUCAUCGACAAGAAGACGAGUCAGCUCACAGCCUUCACGGAGACGCUCACCAAAGACUCGGCCAAGAUCAAAGCAAACAUCCGCAUGGUGCUGGAGGGUCUGAGGGAGCUGCAGGGACUGACCGACCUGCCGGAGAGUAGAAGAAGAGACGUUUUUUAGACGCCCGGAGGACGUCACA